GCGCCGGCCGGCCGCCAUGCCGAUGAAAGGCCGGUUCCCCAUCAGGCGGACGCUGCAGUACCUCAGCCAGGGCGACGUUAUCUUCAAGAGUUCGGUGAAGGUGAUGACCGUGAACUACAACACGGCGGGAGAGCGGAGCGAGGGGGCGAGAAAGUUUGUGUUUUUCAACAUCCCCCAGAUCCAGUACAAGAAUCCUUGGCUGCAGAUCAUGCUCUUCAGGAACAUGACCCCCUCGCCCUUCCUCCGCUUCUACCUGGACAACGGAGAGCAAGUUUUGGUUGAUGUGGAAGAUAAAACCAACAAAGAGAUAACUGAGCACAUUAAAAAAAUCUUGGGGAAAAGCAAAGAAACGCUUGAAAAAGAGGAAAGAGAAAAGAAAAAGCUAUCACAUCCAGCAGCUUUUGGGCCCAAGAAGUAUCAUCUGCGAGAAUGCAUGUGUGAGAUUGAAGGCCAAGUUCCCUGCCCUGCUUUUGUGCCACUGCCCAAAGAGAUGAGGGGAAAAUACAAAGCUGGUAUGAAAAAUGAAGCAUCAGCCUGACAUCUCCAAGUCAUGCAGUUGUUUUUCCUCAGGGCUGGAUGAUCAAGGUACUUGAGACAGACAAAAGCUAACAGCUCCUGGAAACAGGAACGAGCAAGUUCAUAUAAUAGAGAACCUUGUCUUAGAAGUCUUCUUAGAGCUACAACUAGAAUAAUUACAGUGAAAAAUAAAUAAAAGUUAAAAACU